AUGGAGAAGAUGGGUUAUCAGUUUUGGACUCGAGUUGAUGCAGAGGGUAAAUUCUCUAUUAAAGGCGUCCGAGCAGGGAAAUAUAACUUGUAUACAUGGGUACCUGGUGUUAUUGGGGACUACAUGUACAAUGUUCAAGUUAUUGUGACACCAGGAUCUGAAAUCAAAUUGGGUGACCUCAUAUAUUAUCCCCUAAAAAGUGGUCCUACUCUCUGGGAAAUAAGCUUCCCUGACCGGACCACGGCUGAGUUUUAUGUGCCUGUUCUAGCUUCAACCCUCAUGAACCAGCUUUACAACAACCAUACAGACAAGUUUAGGCAAUAUGGGUUAUGGGAUCGGUAUACAGAUCUGUAUCCUAACAAUGAUCUCAUUUACACUGUUGGCGUUAGUGAUUACAAAAAAGAUUGGUUUUUUGCUCAUGUUAACAGGAACUUGGGAAAUAAAACUUAUGUAUCAACCACAUGGCAAAUUGUAUUCGAUCUAAAAAAUGUGAAUCCAAUGGGAACUUAUACACUUCGAUUGGCGUUGGCAUUAGCCACAUUCCUUAAUGUUCGGCUCAACGACCCAAAAGUGGCGCGACCUGACUUUACGACAGGGCUUAUAGGGAGAGAAAAUGUGAUUACAAGAUAUAGGAUUCAUGGGUUAUACAGGUUGUAUAAUGUUGAUAUCUCUAGCUCGAAGCUUUCCAAUGGAAGGAACAUAAUCUUUCAAACACAGUCAAGAGGUUCAGGCCCUUUCAUGGGAGUCAUGUAUGACUACAUUCGAUUAGAAGGCCCCCAGAGAACAAUUGAGGAAGGGGGUUAUGUGGAUAUUGAAUCCCCGGCUGUUGGGUCCAGCAAGUUAUAUAAAUCUAUGGAAAUGGAAAUUCAGUACUUGCUCGAGAAGUGUUGCAUCUGCUGCACCUAUUACUUCAGUGUCCAAAAAGCUUACGAGGCAUAG